AUGCCACGAAUCACCCAAGACCCAAACCUGGCAGAGUCACCAGACUUCGACAGCGUCGAGUUCCAGGCCGUCUACGCACCCUUGGCCACAGAGGCAAACCCUGUCGAGAACAUCAUAGGCACGCUCAAGGCCGCCUGGACACGCGACAACGACGCAAAAAAGGCAGCCUGGGAGGCCCAAGUCGAGCAAGACAAGGCAGCAGAAGAAGCGACCGAACAAGAGUGCCAGGCAGCAGUAGAGGCGGAGGAGGCUAUGAAGGAGAAGGAACUUCAAGAGACAGAAGAGGCGAACCAACGCGAAAAGGAGAAGAGGAAGCCCAAGGUCCAGAACUUCACAGUCAACAAAGUCGUCGACAGUGUCUCUGACACCUGCCCAUCUCCAUAUGCCAUCCACAAGCUCCGCCAAGGCGAGCACGUCGAGCUCUACUACUUCACACCAGAAGCGUGCUCUGAAGCAGAAAGAGCGGAACAAACUGCAGCUAAGGACAACAUCACCUUCACGUCGGUUGGGGACCAGCUCUUCAUGAAGCCGGCAGCCGCAUACAAGGCGGCGAAGAAGGUCAUCCGGGAUGAAGACCUAACCUUUAAACAGUUAACGCUUGCCAAGAACGACAUGCUUUGCCACAUGGGCCAGGAGGAAUGGCCGGAGCAGCACGUCGUAGCCCUCGGCGUAUUCUUCUUCAAGCUGGAGAGCCAUCGCCUGCGAAAGCAAGACAGAGGUGACACCGUUGUGCUGCACUACCAGUCGCAGGUCCGUCGCGAGUGGACAGAGGCCCUCAAAGGUACCAGCGACGAGGACGUCUUUGACAUCAGCGUCAUCAACGACCUACGGCUUAACCAGAUGUACACCGAGCACCUCAACGCUCAACAUAGCCAAGGCGUUUUAUGGCUCGAGGAACAGCUCGCCAGAGCAUCAAUGAACACCCCCAGAGCGAAGCGUUACUGUUCACCCUCGCCGUCACCAGAAAGGGCCCGCCGGAGCGACAAAAGGGUCCGCGCAAAACCGGCACAGACCCUGGUCCAGUCGCCGCCACGAGAAACCAAGAAAUGUCGCAUCACAGAAGCAGCACCUGCACCAUCUGCCUCGGUCGAAAUCCCCACAACGUCUACAGUUGCGCUUCAGAAACACUGUGGGACAGAGUCACCCCAGCCCAUUGCACCAAAAGCGACAGGGGGCAUCUCCUCAACCCAGCGAACACAAUCCUUUGCUCCGACUGGCAACGCAAGGCCGGAUGCAGCAGCACAUCUCACGACUCCAAACACGAGUGCUCCGGUUGCGGAAAGCCGACUCACGGAGCUCAGACGUGCCCUCGAGGGCAAAAAGCUUAAUUCGGGGUCACCCUACAAGCCGGAAGCAUGGAGGCAGCAUCUGGAGCGGGCUGGGCUUACCGGAAAGUACCCAAAUAUCCCAAGCGACCUUCAGCGGGGAUUUGACGCAGGGAUUCCUGUCAUCCGCACCACAUUCACCCCACCAAACAAACAAUCCGUUGCGGACUUCAGUGACAAAUUCGAUGAAAACUCGAAGGCUGAGUUCGAGCGUGGCCGAUACAUCGGACCAGUCACAAAAGCAGAGACAGAAGCCCUCCUGGGUCCAUUCCAGACGUCUCCUCUCUCUCUCAUUCCUAAACCCGCGCAGCUGGGAAAGUAUCGUAUCAUACAAAACCUCUCGCAUCCGCAUAAGCCCACCAGCAAUAUCACAUCUAUUAACAGUGCCAUCGACUCAGACCGCUUCCCAUGCACAUGGGGAACCUUCUCUGUCGUCUGCCUGCUCAUUGCGCGCCUACCACCCGGUUCGCAAGCAGCAGUGCGAGACGUCAAGGAGGCCUAUAGAACCAUACCACUCAAGCCAUCGCAAUGGCCAGGCAUUGUCGUCCGCCUUCGAGGAGAAGAUAAUUUCGCCAUCGACACCCGAAACUGCUUUGGACUCGCAUCAGGAGCAGGCUGCUAUGGGGCAAUUGGAGACGCUGGGGCCCAACUCAUGCAGGCCAAUGGAAUCGGCCCACUCUCAAAAUGGGUCGACGAUCACCUGUUCUUUCAAAUACGUCGAGAGCACCUCUCAGCGUACAAUGACCAGCGUAGCCAAUGGGCAGCCGACAUCCGGGAGAACAGAGGGGAACUGCAUGAUAGAGGAAGACUCUGGUUCCGUGGGCAGCUCAUGCCCAACGGAAAGCCAGAAGAGUUCGACGAGGACGUCUCCUUUCCAAUCAGAGAUCUCUCGCAGGCAUCUCCAAGAUCGGAGGAGGAGCGGAGAUUCACUUACUGCAUGUCAGACAUUGACGCAAUAUGCAAUGAGCUCGGGAUUCCUUGGGAAACCGAAAAAGACGUACCAUUCCAGUCAGUCGUCCCAUUCAUCGGUUUCCUCUGGGACCUGGAUCAGCGAGAGGUCGCUCUUGCAAGCGCAAAGCAGGAGAAGUACCUCAAGGCUAUUCGGGAAUGGGAGAUGAGGAAGGAGCACAACCUUGAGGAGACGCAAAAGCUUUAUGGAAAGCUACUCCAUGCAUGCCUCGUGGUUCCAGCAGGACGUGCAUAUCUCACCAGCUUGGAGGCCCUCAUGGCAACCUUCCACGAUCGUCCUUUCAUGCCACGUACCCCACCAAGACAUACUACAAGCGAUCUACAAUGGUGGAAAGAGAAACUCCAACAACCCCAGAUCAUCCAGCCCAUCCCAGGCCCAGUCCCAAUCAUCGACCUUGCAGCGUAUUCAGACACUAGCUCAAAGAUUGGCAUUGGGAUUACCAUUGGAAACAGGUGGCGUGCCUGGCGUCUGCUUCCAAAUUGGAAAGGCGAGGGCAGAGACAUUGGAUGGGCAGAGGCCGUUGGCUUCCUCUUCCUCGUCAUUGCGCUCGGCAACACUUACCGCCACCCUGGCAUCCAUUGCCUGGUCUACGGCGACAACCAAGGAGUCGUCGAGGGAUGGUGGAAAGGACGCAGCAGAAACUGGCCAAGCAACCUUAUCUUCCGCGAUAUUCACUCAAUCGUGGAAGAGAACAAGUUCGUCAUCCACACCCAGUAUGUACCUAGCAAAGAGAAUCCGGCUGAUGGACCCUCUCGCAGCGAAUAUGGCCCACCCACCCACCUUCUUGCCGCCUUCGAAAUCCCAGUCAACCUCAGGCCAUACGUCACAGACUACGACACACCUCUUUGCUCAACUGAGCUCCAUCUUAUACGGGAAGGAAGAGCACCAAUGGCAGCCCCAAGACUCAAUGCAGCGUCAAGGCGCCAGCAGUGUAGAACCACAGACGAAGGCCAGGCACAACCAAAUCACAGCAUCCAAGAGGUGGACACAGUGCACCCCACCUGCCCACCAGCACCAUACCAAGAAGCACUUACUCCACAUUUCUCACUGCAACGUCCCCAUGUGCUCGCACAAGAACGGUUGACGUGUUGGAAGCCAACCACCCCACGAAAUGUCCUUGACGGUAAUGGCCAUCCCACCAACCUAACCGAAGCCAACCUCCGCAGAAUCCUGGAGGUAAUGGAGGGUGCAUGGGCGGAAGGCACGCGAGAGGGCUAUGGGUCAGGCCUGCUAGUAUACCAUGUAUUCUGCGAUCAGAAAGGGAUCAGCGAAGAGCAACAGGCGCCUGCGUCUCCCAUCCUCAUUGCCUCGUUCAUUGCUACUAUCACAGGCGCAUACACGGGAGGCACCAUUUCCAACUAUGUCUUUGGAGUGAGAGCCUGGCACCUUCUUCAUGGGGUCUCAUGGCGGAUGAAUCCUAGUGAGCUCAAGACACUCUUGAAGGCAGCUGCAAAGGCAGCCCCAGCCUCAACAAAACGGAAGAAGAGGCUACCGUACACAAAAGAGUUCAUGCUGGCUAUUCGCGACAAGCUGGACCUUGAAACGCCGCUGGAUGCCGCCGUCUAUGCAUGCCUCACAACAACCUUCUGGUCAGCUGCAAGACUUGGAGAGUUCACAGUUAAAAACCUCACAGACUUCAAAGCUACGCACCACGUCAAACCAUCAGACGUAAUAACCACCACAGAUGCCAACAGUUUGACGACGACAGCCUUUCACAUCCCAGUUACAAAAACGGAGCCAAUCGAAGGCGAGGAUGUGUCCUGGUCCAAACAGAAUGGGGAUACUGACCCAGCAGCUGCCCUCGACAAACAUCUCUCAGUCAACAACCCACCAAAGGAGGGCCCGUUGUUCGCUUACCACACCGCCAAGGGCUACAAUGCACUUACAAAACCCAAAUUCCUGCAGACGCUAGCCAAGGCCACUCGAGCUGCAGGUCUGGACCCGCUGCAAGGUCAUGGCAUUCGCAUCGGCUCAACCCUCGAGUACCUCCUAUGA